AGUCUGGCAACACUGGCAUAUCAAAACACGCUCGACACACGUGCGAUUUGUGCGUUUGAGUAAAAUAUAAAAAUUAAUGAUUUUAGACGCAUUUCAUAAUGAAAGAAAACACACCCGAUAAACCCGACGGCACGGCACUGGUGCACAAUGUACGUUUCUACACAAUAAAGCCCAGGGCCAUUGUGUGUCUGGCUUACUCCAAAGUGCUCAAAUGCCUGGCGCUCAGCCGUGAGGAUGGAUCGAUUGAGUUGUGGGACAUGAACUAUGCCCCAUAUUUGGAUCGUGUGAUACAACUGACUUCGGAGGCGCAAGUGGAGUGUUUGGCGUGGGCGGGAAAAAGACUUUUCUCUGUGGAUUUAAAUGGAAAACUCAUCGAAUGGGAUUUGAACAAGCUGCAGCCACGCUACGAACAAUCACCGACGGGGAAUGCUCUGUGGUGCCUGGAUGUGAAUAGUGCCGAGACUGAGCUGGCCGUUGGCUCCGAGGAGGGACACAUAAAUAUAAUGAGCAUUGAGCAUGACGAGAUCAGCUACAAAAUGCUCUUCAAUAAGCAGGACGGGCGUGUUCUCUGCUGCAAGUUUGAUAAGCCGGGCAAGCGACUCGUGACGGGGUCAAUGGGUGCCGUGCGCAUCUGGAGUGUGGCCAGGGGCAAUACACUGCACACAAUGACUCUCUCCUCCAAGGAAGUAAUCGUCUAUUCUCUGCAAGUGCUCAGCGAUAAUACGAUUAUUGCGGGUGAUUCGGCGGGUUUUGUGACCGUGUGGGAUGCCUCAAAUGCCGCACAGCUGGAGACAUGUAAGGUGCUCGAUAAGAGUGUAUUCGCGCUGGCGCUCAACGAGCAGGAGGAUCGGCUGGUGUGCAGCGGUUUGGAGCCACCUUUGAUACGUGUCCUCAGCAAGACACAAAUCAAGCGCGACGAUUCGGUUUGCGAGCGUUGGAUCAAGUUUCUGCAGCGCGAUGCGCACAGACAUUACGUCAAGGCACUCGUCAUGAUCAAUGAUCGCAUCGUUUCUGGCGGCGAAGAUGGCAUCCUGUGCAUCUCAUCGAGCAACAAGGCGCGAGCUUAUGUCGCCAGAUAUGCACCGUUUAUACGUGGACCUUGCGCUAGUUUGGCAAACAAAGCGAAUCUGUUGCUGCUACGCUAUCCGCAGAGUUUACAUUUGUGGCGCUUGGGCUUGCCACGUCCUGACGAGCAUCAAAACUCGAAGCUGGGCGCCUGUGUGGAACUGCAACUGGGGCAGACACCAGAAAAGCUGUUGCAGUUGAAUGUGGGCGACAGCAAAUUUAUACAAGCUGCUGCCAUUUCGCAGGAUAACGCCUGGAUAUGUUAUUCAACUGGCAGCGAGCUGCGCUUAAGUCACCUGCAACUCGAGCCGAAGCUGAGCGUGCAGCGUUUAACAGAGGAUUUGCCAGCAGAACUGGAGGGGGCAGCCAUCUUUAUAGCCUUUGCCAAGUCGGAUCAAUUGUUUAUUCUCCAUGCGGCAAGUUGUCAGCUACGCUGUUUUAGCUUGCAGCAGAGGCAAGUGGAGUUUCUCUACAGCAUUGACCUGAGCACGGAGCUGAAGUCGCCCAUUAGCCACGUGGAGCUGUCGUCGUGUGGCAAAUAUCUUGUGGUUGCCACCACAAAUCAUUUAAUUGCCGUUUGGCAGCUGCGUGGCAAGUCGAAGCAAUCGAGGCAUUUGUUGAACUUGCCACGCUAUAAAGCUGGCACCACAGCACUGGCUCUGGGCGAGAAUAGUCCACGUUUGGUGGUUGCUUAUACCGAUGGUCGGAUUGUGGACUAUGAUCUGGUCGAGCGUCGUUUUGUGUGCGAAACCGAUCAACACUUUAUGCCCAAUGCGGACUUGCAUUGCAUUAAGGGCAUUCAGCUGGAUGCACUCAAUCCCAACAUAAUAAUUGUCUACAACGAGGUGUAUCUGUAUGUGUUAGAGAGCUAUCAACUGGAGCAGGCGCAGGAUCAUGCGCCAAAUAACAAAGCCAAACGCCUGAGCAGAUCCAGUCGUGCCGUGGAGUCAACCAAACUGCAGAGCUAUCGCCUCAAGAUGAGCCUCACUCGUCAGCAUCUGGCUCAGGUGUGCCGUCUCAGCCCCAAAGAACUGGUCACAAUUGGUGUGCAGACGAAAAAUCUAUUGGCACCUUUACCGCCGCCCUUCCAGCGGAAGAUGUUUGGCGCCUCGUAGUUGGACUGACCCGGAGGAGCAGCUCUGCCCACAGUAGUACCUAGUUAUGUUGUAAAUUACACAAAACCCGUUGUUCAUCAGUUUAUAAACUGCAUUUGAAGCACG